AUGGAUGCAAAGUGGUUGCCCUUGAUGCAACUACCUCCUUCCGCCGCUGCUCGUGUCUUCGGAGUUGGAGAGCUGGUCGAGGAGAUUCUGGAGCACCUGUCACCCGCCGACGUGGUGACAUGUCGUCGCGUGAGCAAGAAAUUCCUCGGAACUGUCGCCUAUUCCAAAGCACUGCGCCAGAAGCUCUAUCUCGAGCCGGACGCGGGAUGCGAGCGUCAUGUCAACCCUCUGGCCCCAUCGUGGUUCUAUCAGCAAAGAAACGGAUAUCGAGACAGUACCAUCGCCGCGCGAAUCGAUCUGGUCAAGCUGUGGGAGGAUUCGGGGGCUGAGCCCAGACCCUACUGGGACAAGAUGCUCGUCUCACAGCCUCCCAGUACCACUUGUGUGAUCCCCGUAGGAAGUCAAGUGACGAUUUACUUCCGAAGAUAUUAUCCCCAAGGCAUGACGUUCGGCGACCUGGAGCGGGCUGUCAUUGCAGCUUACGAGAUCAGGAACGGCCGACAGGCGAGGAAGGAAAGACUCGAGGAGCUUUCCGAGUACAACUCUGUCUUGAUCUACUGGCGAUGA